UGUCUAUCUGGCCAGACACUGCGGUCUCUCCCCUCAGUACAACUGCAGCCACUGAGAGAAGGUGCCAUGACCUUCAUCUUCAUAGCUGUGCUCUAUCUGGGGCUGAAUCUGGGCCAAGAGACCUCCGUGUUGGAAGGUUAUCCCCACAAGCCAACCCUUAGUGUUCAACCAGGAUUGGUGGUUGCCAGAGGGAAGCAGGUGACCAUCUCAUGUGAGGUGACCACAGGGGCCCAGGAAUACCGUCUUUAUAAAGAGGGGGGUCCACAUCCUUGGCGCACACAGAACACUCCGAAGGCCACAAACAAGGCUCAGUUCUUGAUCCCAUCAAUUGAACAACGAUAUGGAGGGAUAUAUCGCUGUUACUAUAAGACCCCUGCUGGGUGGUCAGAGCACAGUGACCCUCUAGAACUUUCCGUGACAGGACUCUAUAGUAAACCCAGCCUGUCUAUCCAUCCCAGCAAUGUCGUGAACUCAGGGGAGACUGUGACCCUUCAGUGUGUCUCAUCACUGGGAUUUAACAGGUUUAUUCUGACAAAGGAAGGAGAACAGAAGCCGUUCUUGAUCCGGGACUCAGAGUUUGUAAACUCUACUGGGCAAUUCCAGGGCCUGUUUCCUGUGGGCCCUGUGACCCUCAGUCAAAGGUGGAUAUUCAGAUGUUAUGGCUAUCAUAUCAACAGCCCCCAGGUGUGGUCAGAACCCAGCGAUCUCUUGGAAAUAUAUGUGUCAGUUUCACAGCCCCAGGAUUACACAAUGGAGAACCUCAUCAGGAUGGGGGUGUCAAUCUUGGUCCUUGUGCUUCUUGGCAUUCUUCUGUUUGAAGCUCAGCACAGCCAAAGACGGACCCAACAUGCAUCUGGGAGAAAAAGCAGUGCUUCUUUUAUUGUGGCAAACACCUGGGAAUAAGCCCAAGGAUCUCAAGUGGUUCUGUAAGAAAAAUCUGGGGCUAUAGUAGGGAACCAUUUUACAGAGAACAUCUAGGGAGAAAAUGACUUGAGUGUAGGGAAAUGCCUGGGUACUGGGUUGGAAAGGUCUUUUAUAGCCAAUCUUGUUAUCUCUUCACCUAGAUGUAUAACUUGAGCUGACAAUCUCCUCUUUCCCCCUACCUCCAAUAAUGGGGAAGGCAUAAUCCUGUCUCAUUAGUCAGGUUUAAGUUCUAAUCUUGUGUAUCUUCUGCCUUCUCCCUUUUAUUUUAUUAUAUGCUACCACAUUCCCCACUUGCAUCAUGAGCCUUCAUUUUCUCUACUGAAAACAAAUAAGCUGGCUGAGAAGGCAAAAAUAAUGCUCAAAAAUCAGAGUCCAAGAUGCAAAACAAGAUCCUAAUGUAAUUAAUGACUUAGCAUUAUCUCUUGAACCCUCAGUUUUGAACAUGUUAUUUAUGUAGUUUUCUUGAAAUUGAAUACUUACAAUCAACAUACUUGCAUUUGGAGGAACUUUCUGGUGGGGCUACUGCUGAUGUGGCUUUGAAAAUAUCAUUUUCUUAAUAAUAAUUCAAGAAGAGUUCAUGAAUUUGGGAGGGAGUGUGAGAAGGAAUGGGAGGAAUUGGAGAAAAGAAGGAGGGGAAGAAAUAAUGUAAAUACAGUAUUCAUAUAAUAAAUUCAGAAAAAAUUAAAUAACCUUUCCUGUACAUCCUCAUGCACAUGACUUUCCCUAGUUAUAGUAGAUAAUCACACCAAAAGCAACUCUACAACCCAAGUGUAAUGUCAUGUAUGUGGAGUUUAGAAUUGAGACAUGAAACCAAUAUAUUUUUAAAUUUAAAAUUCAGUGUUUACUGCAUAUAUUUAUAGAAGCAGCUGGCAUGUAAGUGAAUCAAUAAUCUUGAGCCACUUCGUUGUAAAUAUUGAUUAGCUCAAUAAAGACACUUUUGAAAAAUGAUUAAUUUUUUUGUGUUAUCUGUAAUGCCACUUACAAUUCUUCCACAUAUGAGAGACUUUAAUUUACUUCUUGGCCUUACUGUGAUAAUUAGGGCUUUACAUAGGAACCUGAACAUUCUAUGGAAAAAAGAGAUACUGUUGUCCUACUGAUUUAAAAUUUGACUUAUGAGAUUCCUAGGUUUUCAUUGUUAUAUAUAAUGCUAAGUUCAGUCCAUUAUAUUAUCUUAUUCAGAUGGAAAUUUAUGUUUGUAGUUCUCUGUGAUUGUUCGUAGUGAAUGUGUGUAUGAAAGGGACAAAUGUUAUUUCUUUAUCUCCACAAAUGCCUUCAUUAUGCAUGCUUUCAUUUUUCCCUUGUUGAUGUAAAGGAUGAUAUUAAUUACUUUAUGAAUGACUCACAGUUACAAACCAGUGUAAAUGCCUUAUUCAUGUUGUACCCAUUGGAUAAAAUUUGAUAAUACAUCCAUGCACCACUAACAAUAAAAUAUCUUCUCACA